AUGUUUAUCACACGGCCUCGUGAAAAGAAAAAUCCUCUCGCCGCCCAGCCGCGCAAGAAGCGCAAGGCCGACUAUGCCAUUGAGGAAAUCAAUUUUGACGACAGCGCCCGCUCCGACUACCUCACGGGCUUCCACAAGCGCAAGGUGCAGCGCCAGAAGCAGGCGCAAGAGAUUGCCACAGAAAAGGCGCGCCAGGAGAAGAUCGCUUUCCGCAAAGAGGCAAGCAAACAGAGCCCGGAGCAACGGCAAAAGGAUGUCGAGAAUCACGUCCGGCAAGUCAACGAGGCCCUGCGGCAAGCACGGCUGGCUGGCGGUGAGGAGGUGACGGACGAAGAGGAGGAGGGCGACGACGAAGAAUGGCAGGGCUUCUCGGGCGACGAAGAGACGCCCACGGCACCCGAGUUUGUUGACCACGAGGAGGAGUACAUUGACGAGGACAAAUACACCACGGUGACGGUCGAGGCUGUCGACAUUGACCGCGAGGGCAUGCACGCACUGUCCGGGCGCCACACAAGCGACAGCGAAGAGAGCGAGGCUGGCAGCGACGAGGGCAGCGACGGCGACGGCGACGGCGACGGCGCGACCAAAAAGAAAAGGUUCAAAAAGGGCGACCCUGCGGCAGCAGACGACAAGGACCAUAAAAAGAAGAAGGAGUGGCCAAAAAAGAAGAAGAAACAAUUCCGAUACGAAAGCAAGGCAGAACGGGCCCUUUCGAGAUCAAAGAACAAGAAGGGGAAACGGUCGUUCUAA